AUUUUAAGAGAGCCGGGGUAGCUAAAGAAAAACAGGAAAAAUUUAUAGGUGAGAAGCAGCGGCACAUUUAAACCCCCCAGACGUACGUACCGACUAAACUCGUUCUGGAUUUGAGACUAGCUUACCUGCUCUCACGCUAACCCCAGCCGCACACCACCAGAUCUGCGAGGUCCGAACUGAAAUGGAGGUUGAAGACUGCGACUUCAACAUGGGCAGCUGGAUCCUGAUGCGCUUCACCAAUCCGACGCGCAAGGAGCACCUAGAGAUUCGCCAAAUCACAGUCGCCAUGGCCCAUGACUUCAUAGCGCAGAAGGUUGCUCCCUCCGCCGUUGCCUACUUGGAGGCCACGUGUUUGUCUCUGUCCCAGCUCCCGUCCUCCUCCGAGCCUCACGUCAUCGAGGCCCUCUUCACAAUUCUCUCCGUCGUCAUUCCACAAGUCUCACCCGAAAUUCUGAAUAGCCGCAGCAAGUUGGUAUCCGAGGCCGUGGUCCGUCUUCUCCGAAUUCAACCCUCAUCUUUGAAUAACAAUGCAGGCGCGUUGGGACUGAAAUGCAUAUCACAGUUGCUCGCUGCUAUUAUCCUCAACAACAACUCUAACUCUAACUCUACCUGGUCCGACGUUUCCUACUUGUACGACUACUUACUCGACUUCACCACCAGUUCCAUCCUUCGGGUGAGGAAACCAUCAUCUCAUGUGAUUGGGGAGCUGCUGCAAAGUUUCCAAGGCACACCGCAUCUUGCCCCUGCAAGUGAAGCCCUUACUAGCUUGUUUGAAAGGUGGUGGCUUCCUGUGCUUUCUGGUGGUGGCGCAUCAAAUACUGCUGCUGCUGCUGCCUUGACUCGGCGAGGAGUCCCAGAGUACUGGUAUCUUUUGGAUGUUAUGAAAAUAUGUCUCGUCUUCAUGCCUACCAAGUUCAAGCUAGCAGUUCUCAAUUACUUUAAGGCUAUCUUCGAACUCAUCUUGGAACUGGAAGCGCAUAGACCCCCUGUUACGGUGCGCCUAGGGUGGUGCCUUCAUAGAGUCUGCCUCCACCCAUCUACAGAUGUUCCACCACAGCUGUUGCUCGACCUCUUAUGCUUGGUAUCUAAGUCUGUCUCUAGAAAAGUUCCACACGCGCAUGAGGGGUACACCACGUCCUCAUUGCUCAAUACUGGAGUGGCAAAAGUUUAUUCCUCCAACAGGGGAAUCUGUGUGAGUAAACUCCCUCUUGUGUUUCAUGCACUCAAAAUUUUGAUGGGGAAACCUGUACAAGAGGAUGACGGCAAUAUAGAAGAGGACAUUGACGCAGCAGCAAACGCAUUCAAGUGUGUCAUUCAUGCUUGCGUUGAUCAAGGCUUGAUCAAACAGGGAGUUGACCAGAUCGGUGCCAUUGCAAACAAGUAUGAGCCUCAGCCUCAGGAGUCGACCAUAAUAGAAAAAUUGUGUGCUACUAUUCACAGCUUGCUUGGUUAUCACCAGACUAAUGCUCCUGCUCUCAGCAUGGACCUUGCAUUUGAAGUUGUUUCGACAAUGUUCGAUAAAUUAGGGGCAUAUGCUUCUUAUUUCAUGAGAGGUACACUGGAGAGGUUGGCAGACAUGCACAAGUUGCCUGAUGAAGAAUUCCCUUUCAGGAAGCAGGCUACACUUCUUCUAGGAUCCCUUGUCGAGGAGAAAUGUGGGCUUCAUGAUGAUAUCAAUAUUAGGGCUGUCCUGCCUCAAGAACAACUCAUGGCACUGCUUGCAGAUUACAGGGGCCUUAAGUCCCAAAAAAAGUCGGAACUUUCUCAUCGAAAACGGAAGAUGGGGUUGAAUAUUGGGUCCCCCCCAGGAAGCUUGCCAUACGAUUGUUCACCAGAGAUGAUGGCUGAGGCAGCUAAAGCUGCGGUAUCUGGUGCUGCGCAGAUAGCAAAGAAGAUUAAACUCUAAGAAAGCCAGGCUUCCUUCCACUUCAAUUAACACAGCUGCUCAUGAUGAUGCAUGCUUAUAAUUAAUUAACCUCUUGUCUCUAGUAUAUUAGCUCUUUGUGACCUGUACUAUUUUAUUUUAGCUCAAGGCCCGUUCCCUUUUAAGUUAAAACUAUGUUAUAAACGGGGUGAAACAAGUGCUUAAGCUUAAGGUUAUUGUUCAAUAAAGUCUUUUG